AUGAUCUCAGACGGAGAUGGACUGGCUUCCAACGGCGCUCCGAGGGCUUACUCCAACGGCGCAUCCUCUGAUGCCCAGCUGUCUGCCUCUGCUACAAAUGGAACUCGCAAGGCCGCUGCCAUGAACGGCUCCUCCCGCUCCGACAAGGAAACACCGUCACGACCGCCGACGACAUAUUACGGGCAUGAUCGCGAGGAGGUGACGCGCAUUCUGAUCCAGGCCCUUUCCGACAUGGGUUAUCAUGGUGCUGCGGAGAGCGUCAGCAAGGACAGCGGCUACGAGCUCGAGAGUCCAACGGUCGCCGCCUUCCGGAAUGCGGUCGUCAACGGCGAGUGGGGUCAAGCCGAGGAGCUUCUCUUCGGAGCCGUCAUGUCCGAUGACCGAGGCCAACAAGGGAACGGCUUAGUCCUGGCCCCCGGGUCAGACAGGAACGUCAUGCGAUUCUGGUUGCGCCAGCAGAAAUUUUUAGAGCUCCUGGAACAGCGUGAUACGAGUAAAGCUCUCAUGGUACUACGAACAGAGCUCACGCCGCUUUAUCAAGACACCCAGAAGCUCCAUUUCCUGUCUAGUCUACUCAUGUGCCAGUCCACGGAGGAUUUGAAGGCCAAGGCAGAAUGGGACGGUGCUCACGGUCAGUCCAGAAAGGUGCUCCUGUCGGAGUUGUCGAAAUGUAUAUCGCCGUCUGUCAUGUUGCCUGAAAAUAGGCUGGCGGUUCUCCUGCAACAGGUAAAGCAGAGCCAAAUAGACAGCUGUCUGUGGCACACCACUGCAUCUUCACCAUCAUUAUAUUCCGACCACUACUGCGAGCGGAGUCACUUUCCCACCGAGGUAGCCCUGGAGUUGACAGAUCUGAAUGGGGAGGUAUGGCAAGUACAAUUCUCACACGACGGCAAACGUCUGGCAGCCUGUGGUAGCGGCGAGGCAGUUGUCAUUUGGGAUCUCCCUUCAUUCUCAGUUUCACAAGUUCUUCGCCCACACGCUCAUGGUGUUGGCAACUUCUCAUGGAGCCCCGACGACUCGAUGCUCGUAACGUGCUCACAGGACAAGUAUGCACGGCUGUGGGACACAUCGACUGGGGAAUUGAGGCUUAAACUGGAGCGCUUCGAGGAGCCAGCCAGCGGUUGUGUAUGGGCCGCUGACAGCAAGAGUUUCGUGACCGGAGCUCUGGAUAAGCAACACGGCCUGCGCACUUGGAGCACCUCAGGGGAAAUGCUGUACGAAUGGGGCAAGAAGCACCGGGUUCAGGACUUGUGCGGCUCGCCCGAUGGUCACUGGCUGGUCGCGGUGGACGACGUGCAGAAGAUACACGUCUACAAUCCCACCACACGCGAAUUGGAGUAUGAAAUGGAGCUGAAGGCUCGGCCAACUUGCGUCAGCAUCAGCGAAGACUCCCGUCAUCUUCUCGUCAACAAAAAAGACGGCGAGGUGCAACUGAUAGACUUGGCAACUCGAACCUCUGUACAAAAGUUUCUCGGACAUACGGGAGGCGACUUCCUCAUCAGGAGUGCUUUUGGUGGCGCCAACGAAAGUUUUGUUGCUAGCGGCAGCGAGGAUGGGAACAUCCUCAUCUGGCACAAGAAUAGCGGCGCUGCCGUUGAAAGGCUUGAAGGCCAUCAGCCCCGGACUAAUGCCGUCAGCUGGAAUCCAGCAGACCCUUGUAUGCUGGCGUCGUGCGGCGACGACGGAAAAGUCAAAGUGUGGUCGAAUAAGAACCAAAGUACAACUCUCAGAUCAUUACAUAGUGCAGCCUCGAGAGGCUCGAAUGGAUGGAGAGAAGACGAUCGAGCUGAGGAGUAG